UGAAUCAAUUGGAACAAAAACAGUAAAACUUUUUCAACCACGAAUUGACAAAGCCCUACUAAAUGUGAAAGCAUUUGAAGAGGAAGGUGUAAGAAGUGGUAAAAUAACGAACGGAAUUAUAUACAUGAUCUCAAAAGACAUUUUACCUUUCAAUACAGUGGAGAAAGAAGGUUUCCUUUAUUUAAUGAACAUAACUGCGCCUUUGUAUAAAGUUCCAUCAAGAAAAACAAUAACAAAGUUAAUAGAAGAAAAAUAUGAUAUUCUUUCAAAUAUAAUAAAGACUAAGUUAUCUAGUAUUGAUAACUUAUGUCUCACAACAGAUGUAUGGACGGAUGUUAUCAAUACUAAGAGCUAUUUGGGAGUGACAGCACAUUUUAUUUUAAAUGAUAAACUGACCUCUGUAGUUAUUGGUGUUAACGAACUGGAUGAGCGGCAUACUUCAGAUUACCUUGGACAAUGGUUGUUAAGGAUAUGUACUGAAUGGCAUAUUGGAAAAGAUAAUGUUGUUGCCAUCGUAACAGACAAUGCAGCGAAUAUUGUGAAAGCUGUCAGUGAUACAUUUGGGAAAGAUAAACAUUUAGGUUGUUUUGCUCACACACUAAACUUAGUCGCAACAUCAUUAUUAAAACACAAUAAUGAAGUUAAUGCUUUAUGUGCAAAAGUAAAAGCACUAAUCACGUUUCUCAAGCAUUCUGUUAUUGCUGCGGACGAAUUACGGAAAUAUAACACGAAGAAAUUAAUUCAAUCUGUUCCCACACGAUGGAAUUCUACAUAUUACAUGUUGGAACGAUUUAUCGAAUUAUCAGAAAACAUCACUAUAAUAUUAUUGAAAUUUCCCAAAGCACCUCCAAUGCUAUCAGCCUUAGAAUUACAGCUUGCCAAAGAAGUUAUUCAAGUUUUGGCUCCUAUCGAAGCUGUUACAAAGGAAAUAUGUGGCGAACAGUAUGUUACGAGUAGCAAAAUAAUCCCACUAAUCAACUGCUUAAAAAGAAAAGUGAAUACUUUAAAAGAUGAAUUGACAUCAAGUACAGCCAUACAGUUGCUUGAAUCUCUUUCUGUCAACAUUAACAUGCGAUUUGGAGAUAUAGAAAAUAACACUAUGUUAGCUGUAUCAACUCUUCUAGAUCCUCGAUUCAAACGAUUGCAUUUUAAUAAUCAAGAUGCCUGCUUACAAACUAUAAAUAAGAUAGUCCGGCAAAUGGAAAAUGUAAAUAACGAUAUGUUCAAAGAAAAUAAUACAACAGAAAAUGCAGUAAUGGACAAUCAAAAGAACUCUUUGUGGUCAUAUCAUAAUGAACUUGCUUAUAUGGAGCAAUUAAACUGCAAUGAUACUGAGGAUAUGCCGACUGACUUCAAACAUUACCUAAACCAACCAAUUAUUGGGUUACAUGAAGAUCCAAUUCACUAUUGGCUUUAUAGUUGUAAGACAAUGUAUCUAUCUCUUCAUGUCAUUGCAAAAAAAUACUUAUUAAUUGUAGCUACGUCCGUUCCAUCUGAACGUUUGAUCUCGAAAACUGGAAAUAUUGUUACGGAAAAACGAAACAAAUUAUCGUCUGAACAUUUACAGUGUAUGCUAUUCUUAAACUCCUUAUCUAUGCAUGAGUGGAAAAUUGAAUAAAAAUGUUUUAAAUAAAAAUUCUUAUUUUUUCCUUUUUUUAAUGUCUUUACAGUUACACAAUUAUUACCGAAACUCUUGACAGUUGACACCCUGAAGGCCUGAAUUGUUAUGAUGCAAACUUCUGAAUUCUGAUUUUUAUUUUUAAAUCAUAUAUCACUUUUAUAUAAUUUAUAUCAACUUAGGACUUAGGACGGACACUUAGGCUGAUAUUUUAUAUCGUACGAAAAAUAUUUUAAGCAUGUUAAUUGACUGCAAGACGUGCAAGAUAGAAGUUCUCGAGUUUCUAGAAGUCUUCUAUCUUAUAGCCAAUCAAUACGUUUAAAAAAUUUGUCAUACAACAAAUAAAAUAUUACGCCCUAAAAUAUGUUAAAAAUUUAAAUACUUCGCUCAUUACAUGCAAUUUUCGGAUCGAUUCUUAAGAAAUCGAUUCUUCUAGUCCGAUU